UAUUAUAUACAAUACACUUGCAAACAAUAUAUACUUCCUUCUAUCUCUCUCUCUCUCUCAUCUUCUUGAAUUAGGCAAUUGGUCCGUCAAGCUAAGAAUGACUCGGAAGUGCUCCAGUUGUGGGAAGACAGGCCACAAUUCCAGGACAUGUAACAACAAUAAUGAUGAUGAUCAUCACCAAAGAACAAGCAGCUCCAUGAAGCUCUUUGGGGUGAAACUUAUUGGAUCUCAGCUGAAUUCAUCGUCAUCUUAUUCUUUUGUCAUGAAAAAGAGCUUUAGCGACGACUGCCUUCCCGCAGCUUCCUAUUCAUUCGUAGACAGCUCCUUUGGAUCUUCUGGGUUUUUACUCGACGAAAAUUUUGACGAUAAGGUGCCCGGCUGUGGGUAUAUCUCCGACGGCCUCGACGCCGGCAACCGGGGAAAGAAAAGGGGAGUUCCAUGGAGUGAGGAGGAACAUCGGAUAUUCCUAGAUGGUCUAGAGAAACUUGGGAGAGGUGACUGGAGAGGCAUUUCCAGACAUUUUGUGACGACAAGAACUCCCACCCAAAUCGCCAGCCACGCCCAGAAGUAUUUUCUUCGUCAGAAUAGCCUCCAAUCCAGGAAGAGAAGACGCAGCCUCUUUGAUUUGGCAUGGAAGGCUGAUGAGUCUAGGGUUUUAUGUGGGAAAAUGGCAAAAUCAAGAAGUUCUUCCAUUAUAGAUUUCAGCAGCACAACUACAUCAUUAUCUGCAAUUGCAUUAUCAUCAGGACAAGACUCAAAAUCAAGUCAAUAUUCUAAUAUUAUUUCAGCAUCAAGUUUGAGUUUUGCCACCCAUAAUGAUAAUCAAGAUAAUAUUGGUGUUCAAAGCCCAUCACCACCACCUUCACCAGAUCUAGAGCUUACUCUUGGAGGAACUAUUUCUGUUGUUUGAUCCGCACUGAACAUGAUGUAUUCAUCACUAAGAAUAUAUAUAUAUAUAUAUAUAUAUGCAAGUUAGUUCAGAAUUUACUCCAAUAUAUACUAAUAUUAA